AUGUUCAAGAAUCACGGCAGCAAAGUCUGGCUUUCGGGGCUUGCCCUCUUUUACGCCAUGUUGUUGGUGGUGAUGCCAUUUUUCACCCAUAACGCUGGUGUCGCUUUGGCGGAGGAAGAAAAGGAAGACAACUACGGCACUGUCAUUGGUAUCGACUUGGGUACCACUUACUCGUGUGUUGGUGUCAUGAAGAAUGGUAAGGUGGAGAUCUUGGCCAACGACCAAGGUAACAGAAUCACUCCUUCGUAUGUCGCCUUCACUGAAGAAGAAAGAUUGAUUGGUGAUGCAGCUAAAAACCAGGCACCUCAGAAUGUCAACAACACCAUUUUUGACAUCAAGAGACUUAUUGGUUUGAAGUACAAGGACAAGGUUGUUCAGAGAGAGAUCAAGCACUUACCAUACAAGAUUGGCAAGAAGGGCGAUAUUCCCGUUGUGGAGGUCUCAUACGGUGGUGAACAGAAGGCUUUCUCCCCUGAGGAAAUUUCCGGUAUGAUCUUGGGUAAGAUGAAGUCCAUCGCCGAAGAAUACUUGGGUAAGAAGGUCACCCACGCUGUGGUCACUGUGCCUGCUUACUUUAAUGAUGCUCAGAGACAAGCCACCAAGAACGCUGGUACCAUUGCCGGUUUGAACGUCUUGAGAAUUGUCAACGAGCCAACUGCCGCCGCCAUUGCCUACGGUUUGGACAAAACGGAGGGCGAAAAGCAGAUCAUUGUUUACGACUUGGGUGGAGGUACCUUCGAUGUCUCCUUGUUGUCCAUUGAGGGUGGCGUUUUCGAGGUCUUGGCCACUGCAGGUGACACUCAUUUGGGUGGUGAGGACUUUGACUUCCAGGUUGUCAAGCACUUGACCAAAUUGUUUGAGAAGAAGCAUAAUGUGAAUAUCUCCAGCAACCAAAAAGCCAUCUCCAAGUUGAAGAGAGAGGCUGAGAAGGCCAAGAGAACUUUGUCAGCUCAGAUGACUGCUAGAAUUGAAAUCGACUCAUUCUAUGACGGCAUUGACUUUUCUGAAUCCAUCUCAAGAGCCAAGUUCGAGGAGUUGAACAUCAACUCUUUCAAGAAGACCUUGAAGCCAGUCGAGAGAGUUUUGAAGGAUGCCAAUGUCAAGAAGUCUGACAUCGAUGAUAUUGUUCUUGUCGGUGGUUCCACAAGAAUUCCAAAGAUUCAGGAAUUGAUUGAAAACUUCUUUGACGGUAAGAAGGCAUCCAAGAGUAUUAACCCUGAUGAGGCCGUUGCUUACGGUGCUGCCGUUCAGGCUGGUGUUCUUUCUGGAGAAGAGGGUGUUGAUGACAUUGUCUUGUUGGAUGUUAACCCAUUGACCUUGGGUAUUGAGACUACAGGUGGUGUCAUGACCACUUUGAUCAACAGAAAUACUGCUAUCCCAACCAAGAAGUCUCAGAUCUUCUCCACAGCUGCUGAUAACCAGCCAACUGUCAUGAUCUCUGUGUACGAAGGUGAGAGAGCCAUGGUCAAGGAUAACAACUUGUUAGGUAAGUUCGAGUUGACUGGUAUUCCUCCAGCACCUAGAGGUGUUCCUCAGAUUGAAGUUACUUUUGCAUUGGAUGCAAACGGUAUCUUGAAGGUCGACGCUGUUGACAAAGGCACUGGUAAGAAGAAGUCUAUCACCAUCACCAACGAGAAGGGAAGAUUGUCCCAAGAGGAGAUUGACAGAAUGGUUGAGGAGGCUGAGAAAUAUGCCGCUCAGGAUCAGGAAAUCAAGGCCAAGGUUGAGUCCAGAAAUUCCCUCGAGAACUUGGUCCACAACAUGAAGCAGAAGCUCAACGACAACGAUGAGUACGUUUCCAAGUUGGAUGACAGUGACAAGGAGACUUUGUCUGACGCUGUCAGCGAAGCCGCCGAGUUCCUUGAAGAGAAUUACGACACUGCCACCUCCGAGGAAUUCGAGGAGGCCAAGCAGAAAUUGGUUGAAAUCACUCAGAAGCUUUCUGCCAAACUAUAUGAGAACCCAGUUGAUACAGAGGAUGCCCAGUUUGGCGAUGAGACUGAUGAUGACUUCGACCACGAUGAAUUGUAA